AUAUGUGUUUCUAUGAAUAACUUCAUUUGUACAUUUUUAUCUAUGCCGUUAUUUUUAAAUCGUAUAGAUAUAUUCUGUUUUUCUUAAAAAUACACUAUUCUAAAAAAACAUUAUGAAAAUUGUUGAAAUUUAUCUCAGAUUCCCCAAUCUUCGGUUGCACAGCAGCAAAUUAUCAAGCAACGAUUUUUCAGUUAUAUUCAAGCUUCAAAUCAUUACAAUAUCCUGUCCAGAGACUUUCAUAUAAGUUGUCCCACGAAAAGUGUGAUUUUGAUUCUGGAGGUGUUUCUGAAGGACAACUUCCCUUUGGCUGAAUGCAAAGUGAAGCAUGGUUUUUGAAUUGUUGACGAAAAACAGUGACCAAUUGUUCGCGGCGACGGCCGAGUGUCACGAUCCGAGCCAACACUAGCCAACACUAUAGUUGAGCGCCGGCUGUAUACGUUCUCCAGUUGGUCAGUGAAUAAAGUUUUUCGUUAACAAUUCAAAAAGCAUGCAUUUUGCCAAAGAAACACUGCCAGAAUCACCCAUUUUCGACUCUAACACUUUUUCUGGGAUAUAGUAUAAUUCUACGACAGACAAUGCUUAAAUCUGGGGCAUGCUUACAAUUUUUAAGUUAAGGAAAUUUGACAACGUGCACGGACUUAAAUAAUUUUUUCCGAUAAUGUGUACGGGAGAUGAAAGCUUGAUUCUUCGCCUUUGGUAUAAACCAAAUUAAUAAACAUGUGUUUAAAAAAAACAAACACACAAGAACGUAUAUGUACAAGUUCCGAGACAAUUGCCAGAAAAUGAGUCCAAUUUGAUUAUCGUUUCCUACUGUUGAAUUGAAUGGCUUCCUCGCAGCCGAUUGUCGAUAGUAGCGCGGGCCUAUCGAAAAUGCUAGCAUUAAAUCUAGCUCUCCGCAGAGGAUUGACAACUAUCUCCUAUCACUGUUUGUCUUGCAAGAUGCCCGGACAGUUGGAAGAAAUCCAAGCAAAACGCGCAACAUUCGGAAUGGGAUGCUUCUGGGCAGGCGACUGUCUUUUCGGCGUGCUACCCGGCGUGAUCAAAACCUGCGUCGGAUAUGCCGGCGGCCAGAAGGAAUCGCCAACUUAUAGAAACAUUGGUGACCACACAGAAGUCGUUGAUGUUGAAUACAACCCAGACAUGGUAUCGUAUUCACAAUUGCUUGAUGUGUUUUGGAAAAAUCAUGAGUACGGCCUUACGACAAAGAUUAAGAGGCAGUAUAUGUCGUUGAUUUUGUAUCACGACGAAGAGCAGAAGUUACUGGGAGAGAAGUCGCGUGAACAGCAACAGCGGAAGCGGACAGAUAUGGUACUUACAGAGAUCCGGAAGUUCGAAAAAUUUUACACGGCUGAAGACUAUCAUCAAAAAUAUCGGCUUCGGGAUCAUCCGUGGCUACUUGAAACUACCGGACUUACCAGUGACGAAAUCAUACGAAAUUCACCGUUGGCUACGAAACUGAACGGUUACAUAGCCGGCGCAGGAACGAUCGAACAAUUUGAGAAGGAAUUACCUAAUCUCGGUUUAAGUGAAAAAGCAUCGCAGUAUUUACAGAAAUAUGUAAUCGAGAAUCAAGGGAACGGUUUAUAUUGCUAACUUGCAUCGUGUACAGCGUAUUUUAUGCAACGCAUGCCGACCGUAAGAGAACUCUUCUUUGAGAUGAAAAAUUGAAAAGCUUACCGGUGUCGCAUCCUACGGUUACCGUCACCACAGUCCGUAAUUGUUUUGCGCAUCUUGAAAGACGGUGGGGGAAAGACGCAGCGAGCUCCACUCCACUCAGGGGUCUCAGAAUUUAUCCCUCGGCCGGAAAGUGGGGACGACGCGACCAUGGUGGGGACUGGUACUUGAUAGGUUC